AUGUCUACGGUCUCCAUUACCCCAGAGACUGUUAGAGAAUGGGCAGAGUCAAUGGCAAAAGCCGGGGCAAUCAUGGACGAUUGGCUGGAUGGGGACGACGGUGACGAGAUGAUUGGAGGAACCAGAUCUAUAGCGGACGAUAUCAAUGAGGUAUUUACCGCUCUGCUUCGACAUGAUCCGACUGCGUUGGACGAAUAUAACCCUUGGGCGUCGGCGGCAGACAACGAGCAAGAUCAAGACCAAGACGACGACAAUGAUGAAGGAGAAGAAGGAGAAAAUGAGACUUAUACUCCUGUGUACAACCCUGAGGGGCCUGACAACUUGAAUCAAGCGUCCAAACGUCUCCAGGAAGUCGUCUCGGCCAUACGUCGAUCAAAGCUGGACGACUCCUUACCCGAAGUAUCCACCAUCACUCCAGAAACGUUUGUGCAGCUGGUACAAAAUGCAGUUUUCCCCGGCUCUUACGAUCCGACUGAUGAAGCGGAUCCAGAGGAUGAGGAGCAAUCACCACCAGAUUUGAGUCACUACUCGGAAGAGGAUGAUUCAGACGCGGAGUCGUGCGGUUCUGUCCUAGUGACACCAAUAAGUUCGGUACAGGAGGUUCCUUGGGAGAUUCCCCGUGUUGCAACGUUCCACGAGAAUUCGAAUUCCAGGUUCUACAUCACCUCCUGGCCUCCGACAUCCCUUUCCAAAGCCAUUUCAUCACCUCAUGUCCCGUUCCAAUCUUCCUGGAUUGACAGCGAUGGCGAAACGGACGACGACGAGGGGUUAGACUAUAGCGACUUGGAGUGA